UGGAAGAGGGCUGGAGACACACAACUAGAGAGAUGGCGCGGCACCCGACCGGAGCGCAAGGACAGCUGGUUGGCGGUGGGGGGGCUUGAAUUCUAAAGAGAAUCAGAAAAUUUAAAAAAAAAAAAAAAGAAAAAAAGAAAAAAAAAGAAAAAAUAUAUAUCGGAGAGGAAGGGAUUCGGAUAAGGAGUUUCCAUUCUGCAAAAAAUCACCAGAGGUAGGAGAAUAAUCAAAUAGGUGAAUAUAAGGACAGAGGAGAGGCACUAGCAGAGGAGGCUGCUGCAAGAAGAAAAAAGCAACAAAAGAAAUUUGAACUUUACUGGACGCGAGGACUUCUGGACAUCAGCUAACUGCAGUAGGUCAGAUAGAUGGUUUGUCCACAGCGCUGCCCGGAUCAUGAACGCACAGCUGUCGAUGGAAAAUAUUGGCGACCUGCACGGAGUGAGCCAUGAGUCCGUGGCCGGUCACGGAGAGCUGCUGAGUGGCCACAGUCCGCAUUCCCGUCCGAGCCCCCGGGGUCUGAGCCACCGCGCUAUGGGCAUGGCGACCCUGCUGGACAGCGGAGACUAUCACCCCAGCCACCCCGGACACCUGCAUCCAGCCAUCAGCAUGUGUGAAGCCCCCCCUGGCAUGAGUGCGAGCAGCACUUACACCACCCUAACCCCCCUGCAGCCCUUACCCCCCAUCUCCACCGUGUCCGACAAGUUUCCCCCCCAUCAUCAUCACCACCACCACCAUCCCCAUCAUCCUCACCCUCAUCCCCACCAGAGGAUCCCCGGAAACGUCAGCGGCAGCUUCACGUUGAUGCGAGAGGACCGGAGUCUGGCGCCUAUGAACAGUCUGUAUCCCGCAUAUCAUCACAAAGAUCCCUGCAUGGGCCAGAGUCUGUCCCCGUUGUCUGGUUCCGGUCUGGCCAGCAUACACACGUCCCAGGCCGGUAUCCCUCCCUACGCUCAUCCCGGUGCCGCCAUGCCUGGUGAAAAGAUGCUCACCCCCAGCGGGUUUGAGGCUCACCACCCGGCCAUGCUCGGCAGACACACGGAGCAGCACAUGAGCUCCUCAGCGGGCAUGGUACAAAUCAACGGCCUCCACCACCACCCGCACGCCCACCUUGGCGGGCAGGGGCACGGCCAGGGGCUGGGGAACAGCCGGGAGCAGGCCUCCGGGCCCGGACAGCAAGGGGGCGGCGGUGGAGGGGGUGGUAUUUCUGGGGGACAGAUGGAGGAGGUGAAUACCAAAGAGGUGGCGCAGAGGAUCACCACAGAGCUGAAGCGCUACAGCAUCCCUCAGGCCAUCUUUGCCCAGCGGGUCCUGUGCAGGUCCCAGGGGACCCUGUCCGAUCUGCUGAGAAACCCCAAACCCUGGUCCAAGCUCAAGUCCGGUAGAGAGACCUUCCGCCGCAUGUGGAAAUGGCUGCAGGAGCCUGAGUUCCAACGCAUGAGUGCGCUCAGGCUCGCAGGUGAGCGAAGCCUCGCAUGUAAGCGCAAGGAACAGGACCACGGCCGAAGCGAGCGAGGGAACGUGACCAAGAAGCCCCGGCUUGUGUUCACAGAUGUGCAGCGGCGGACGCUGCACGCCAUCUUCAAGGAGAACAAGCGUCCAUCCAAAGAGCUUCAGCUCACCAUCGCCCAGCAGCUGGGCCUGGAGCUGGCCACAGUCAGCAAUUUCUUUAUGAACGCACGCCGUCGGAGCCUAGAUAAGUGGGUGGACGACGGCACCGGUCACUCAGCCAACUCUGGCCCUAACACCUGCACCAAAGCCUGAAGACGGAUUGAUUUGACCAACUCAUGGACUGACUCAACCUCGGUGGAAAAGCUUUAAAACUUAAGAGAAACAAAGAGAAACUUAAAAAGACCUUGAAGCAACAUUUUGCCCUUAAACCUGUACUAUAUUGAUAUUUAUAGUAUCCAAAGAUGAAAAAACAAACCAAAGACUUCUUGUUUGACCUGCUUUGAAAUGUUUGUUUCAGCAACACAUUUAUGUGUAACAUACUGCAAAAAGACUAUAAUUUUACCCCCCACUCUCACACAUACUCACACUCACUGGUCUCUAGCUUUACUACACCCCUCCUCACCUCCCCACCCGGUAUCAAUCUAUCAUUCACCAUCCUUAUCUUUAAUCUGAUUGGUUGGUUUUAAUGAUGGGUCCCUAAAUGGAGGUUUAAUCAGCCUAUUGACAGUCUGAUCUGCAGCUGUCCACACCCUUUGAAAAACAGCCAGAAUGUGGAGCUCCGGUGGGAUUGGCCAAUCGAAAAAAAAAAAAAUCCUACAGGAGCGACUGGAUUGUUGUGCAACCUUGUUUGGAUCAGUGGCGGUGGACUGUCUGUCUAUCUGUCUGUCUGUCCAGCUGUCUGUCUCUCUAUCAAGCAUUCCAGACAGACAGGGGAAUGCCCAUGCGUAGACUGCUAACCCAAAACCAAAAUCCCAACCUUUAAACCAAACCGAGUUCCCCCUAACCUCAACCCACAUGGUAGUGCUUUCUUCCAACAUGCUGAAGCGUUGAAUAAUUUAAAAAUGAGAAACCAAAGCCUUCUGCACCCUGACGCCUCUCAUGCAGCUUAGAAAUAAAACCACUAAACAUGCUAUGAAGUAAUUUGACCAAAGAGAAUAUUUUGUAGUUGGUAAUCUUGAGAGUGUUUUUACCUCAUUUCACUCCCUUACCUCUUGAGACAGACUGUUACUUAGGCGCCAAGACAACAAUAUUGUUACUGCUCAUAGUUCAUUCAACAUUUUGAGUAAUACUUAAAUUUUUGUUCCCUGCAAGAGGAAAUAAUAUGUAAUAUAACCCUGAAAAUCAUCCACUGACAUUUGCCUUAUAGAUGCCUUUUUGAAUCAAACUAAAUAUUCCAGCUUUAUCUUCACAAUCAGUCUAGUGAAUGUUAUUGUGAAUGCUGUUUGUGAAGAUCAAUCUUCUCAGACUCAACCUUUCCUAUAAGUCUGUUUCUGCAGGUUUAGCUCUAGUUUAUAUGUUCAGUUGCCAGCAGCUGGCAAACAAAGACUCCACUCUGUAGUACACUUUCUCUGCAAAGGUGAAAACACAAAAUGCUGGCUCUAUGUGUGGCCUUGACACUGUGAGAGAGACAGAUGGCCUCGAAUGUUUUGUUUUUUUUUUGAGGACAAAUCAUGUCACCACUGUAAUAAUAAGCAUUCAGCGUCGCUCCGUCAUCCCCUUGCACUUCAUACGUAUUUGAUUUUA